AUGCAUUCCACCACCCCUCGCACCCUCCUGGCAGCCCUUCUCGCCCUGCCGCUAAUAGCACCAGCGACGGCCUCGCCAGUGGCAACAAUAGCUACAGAAGAAACAGCAGCAUCUGAGGGCGGCUGCACGGCGGCGUCGUUCGGGGCGUUCGCGUGGGGCGUGCGCGGGUUCGACUUCCACGCGUCGUACGUCUUCACGACGCCCGCGCACCAGAACUCGUGGGGAUAUGCCAGCUUCAACCUGUCCAACCUGGCCGACGGGUCCGUGGCCGCGUGCGCCGCCGCCAGCAGCCAGCUCAGCGACUUCUUUUAUGGCAACCUGGCCUACGCCUGCACGUACCCUGCCGGGUCUGAGAGCGGCGGCAGCGCGUCGUUCGACUUUAACCGCGCGACGGGUGCGCUGCGCGUUAAUCAGUCGUGGACGUGUCGCGACGAGGAUCCGCAGUAUCCGACUACUUUUACGGGUUAUGGAGCUGUCAACUUGAAGCUCGACUGCACAGACACGCAGUACACCAACCCCAACUGGACCAUGGGCCAGAUCUACUCGGAUCGCGAGAUCAAGUGCAGCCUCGUUGAUGUUGACGUUACGCCGUACGAGCUGACGGCCCUUGCGUGA